GCCCCCGGCGCACAACGUUCUGCCUGUGACGCAACAUCAAUGACGUGCUUGCGCUUCCAGAUCACUAGCAGCCUCCAGACGCGCAUGCGUGUCCCGAGAGCUCAACGUCACACACGUGCCCGAGCACCAGGGCGAAGAUUGGCCAGUGCCCGGUGUCCUGACAGGGCACAGUCACCAGGACACCUCAGGGUCGGCCGCGGCCGGCGAUGGCUGCCCAUCAGCUGCUCUGUUAUCCAUAGUGUCAGCGUGGAAGAAGGGAUGUGAAUCAGAGACAGGAAGAGGUUAACGGGCACCGCCAACCCUAAGAUCUAAUCAAAAUCUGAAGGCACCUGCCCUCUCAUGGAAGAAAAAUUUCAGAUUCGAGCCCCUUUAGGUUCAAAAUUACCUAAAUUUGGUGGGCCCAAGUCCUCAGGAAGCUUCAUUCAGCGGGCACCCAAUGACACGCAUUCCAAUUUGUUAACUAAAUCAAGCCUUGUUGGGGAGAAGCACAGUGACCAUGACCGGGCAUCAGGAUUUUCAUUGAACUGGAGGAAACUGCAGCAAAAUGGUCAGAUUUCUAGAGAACUUCCUAAUACUGCCACAGAAAAAGGAUUUUCUCCGUACCAGAUAGCAUUGGGAAAAGACUUCCAAAACCCCAGAAAGCAAAGCAACAUGUUGUUGUUGUCACAAAAAGACGACCUGAAUGAAAACUUGCUAUCUAAUUCAAAUAAGUUUUCGAAAGUUACGCCGUUAGGAAGGGCUGCUUACCAUGGGCUCAAUGGCUGUAAAACUCUGGCUAAUGGAUUUUACACAAACAAGCCCCCAACAGGUUUACAUAGACCAAGAGCUAAUUCUGCUUCAAGUAGAAACUUUCCAAGUAAGGCAUUAUCAACUGAGACCAAACCUUUCUCCAGUGUUAGGAGGUCUCAGAGUUUUUCCCAUUCUGUUCAGAAUUCUUUGCUUCCAAAUGCACCUUUGACCAGGUCUCAUUCAUUUAAUAGAGAAGUAGAUCCAGCAAGGCCUUACCAGUCACAGUAUACACCCAUGCAAACCGCUUUUAGACACAGUGCUUUAUCAAGGACUGUAAAGCAAUUUGGGCUGUCCAAUGGUAAUGAUCCACAGAUGAAGUCCAAUUUUACAAGGACAUAUCCUGGAGGCUCUUCUCUUGGUCUAAAGAAACCUGGCGUGUCCAAUAGUCCGUCUGUAACUGUACCAUUAGGUUAUAGAUUGAGCCGUCCAUCUCUACAGAAAAACAAAUUAUAUUUUAACAGGGAGAACAUCUGUAAUGACAGUAAAGGUCCUUCUGCAGCCCCGGUUAUAGACCAAAUAGAACCAUUGUCAACUGGAACCUGCCAAGCGACUGUUCUACUGAACAAGGACGUGGAAGAAGAGCUAGACAUUGAUAAUUGUUCCUCUUUUGAGAAUUUGGAUAAACAAAAUUGCAAGGAUAGUUAUUAUAGUGAAGAUGUUGAUGAGCUCUCUAUUUCUUCCUUAUCAUCCUCUGACAAGAAUGACCUCAGUGAAGACUUUAGCGAUGACUUCAUAGAUUUGGAAGAUGGGAAUAAGACCGUUAUUGAUGUAGACUCUGAGAAUAAAGUGACAGAAAAGCCAUCGAAGCAAUUAUUGGCUGAAUUGCAGGACAAGAAUCAGAUUGUUACCAGUCAUUCGGAUGAAUGGAUAGAUGUGAAUAUUACAGUACAAAAAGAAGCGGGAGUGGGCAGCAGACCUUAUGGAGAGACCAGGAUUUCUCCAGAUAUGGAUUAUCGAGAUCCGUCAUCUCUUGAACUUUCUCCAUCUGACAGCUCUGAUGGAACUUACAUGUGGGAUGAAGAAGGAAUGGAACCUAUCGGAAAUGUCCUUCCAUGCGGGAGCUAUGAUUCUUCAGAAAUGAACAGCCUGGAUAUCCUCAAUAAUCUUGAUUCCUGCGAUUUAGAAGAUGAUGAUCUUAUGUUGGAUGUGGAUUUGCCGGAAGACACUACAUGUGACAUGGGGAAAAUUGAAAGCAUGAGCCGAGCUGAGCGGAGUUUGCGACAGAAGCAAGUGUUUUGGAAAAGGGCACCUCCCCGCCUAAAUGGGCAAGAACAGUACCACUUAAGCAAUCCUGACCACUACGAGAAUGGCAGGGGUUCCUCCUACCUAGAGUCUCCAACCGACCAUAGAGAAAGCUAUGGAAGUCCCAGCUUUUUCCCACAAUCCCCACGGUCUACACAGAUGAUGGGUCUUCGAGACAAUACUGUGAUACUUGAUGAAAUGACUCUCUGCCACAUGGUUCAAGACUGCACAAAUGUGAAGACACAACUUCUCAAGCUGAAACGUAUGCUGCAACAAGCGGAUGACCCUGAAUCCCCGCUGCAAGAGGUACAGCAGUCUGUUCCUACCACACCUGAACCACAAGACACUGACACGCUCUUAAAGACUGAAGAUCUUCUCAGAGAGAUUCAGCAGCUUAAAGAAGAGUCGAAGAAGAAGGAUGAAACAAUUAAGCAAUUACAACAACAACAACUGAAAACAACAUGCAAAUGUCAAAAAGAAAGCCAGGAACCCAAGGUGGUAAAGCCAAAACAGCAGGACAAGUAUACUCAGACCACCUGGAGGAGAAGCUCACCUCAAAUACUACAGCGUUCCAUCAGCAGCCCCAAUUCUACAGACCACACCUCGGGAAAAUUAAUAGCACAUCCACAUGCAGAGCUCCAAAAUAUACCUAAAGACCACACCCACCAUCUUGUUCCUUAUUGUCAACAAGGAGAUGGUGGAACUAGAAUUGAAGUUCCUGAAAAAGAACUGAGUGAUCUUUUGAGUAAGCGGUUGAAGAUAGACGAUGUAGAUGACAAUCCUGAACAAUGUAAAAAAGAAGCUGAUAGUAACAAUCAAGAACAGCUUGAUGAUAAAAACUUAAGACCACAAGAACAACUUGAUAAUAACAAAAAUAUAAGACCACAAGAAGUUUUGAAUGGUCCAACACCUUUUCCAGUUAAUAUAAAGAAGGACGUAAAGUCAAAAGCUAAUGUAAACUCUGCUGCACCAGUGCCUGGAGAGAUUUUGAAGUCAAGAACGUUACAUCUUCCGAAACCCAAAAUGCACAGUGCUUUGUCACAGAAAGGAGUUACCAAUUCCAAUUACCAAGUCUCUUCAAACCCCUCUUCAAAAGAGACUCAGAUGUUGAAUAUGGUUUCAAGUCGUUCUUUGAGCGGGUCAUCAAAUGACUCCCAAAAUAUGGUACAGAAAAGUCAGCCAACAGUACAUAAUGAUCCUUCAUUACAUCAGCCGCCUAAACAAGUGAUUUCUGAUUCAUCUUGUCCUGUUCACUCCCAGUCACGUAUUACAAUGUCGGGCACAAGGCAGUUAAAUCUCAACCCUUUACCAUCAGUCAAUAAUAGCAAGUUGUCCUCUGAAGUAGCUCUACCAUCUGAAAUCCAAGUUCCUACAUCUGAAACCUCAAAACCAGUAAGCAGAUUAAUGCCCAAGGGCUCUUCGCUCAGACCCCCAAGUAACCUUAAGAAACCAAAUAGUUCCAAGGCUGAUGCAUCAAGUGAACAUCAGAAGUCUCCAGUUAAAUUUUCACCUGCAGUCAUCACAAGGCCACUAAGCAAUAAAAGAGAUAGUCUGCAAGAAAAUGUUGAAAGCUUAGUCCCAAAGAGACAAUCACGUCUCCCACAACCAAAGGCACAUUAAAAAAUAUAUAUAUAAUUAUAUGCGUUAAAGUUCUUUUAAGGAAAAAUAAAGAAUUCCUUGUCCAUUGAAACUUUUUGUUCUAAGGCUUUAAUGCGCAUCUGUCAAUGUUGUAAUUACACAUAACCCCAUAUGGAUUGAUUAAUUUAUUUUUUUACUUUGGUUUCGACCUUGGGGUAGUAAUCCAUUUACUGUUAUGUUAUGUUCCCUCCUAUGUAGGUUAAAUAAUUAUUUUAAUAAUUAUUUUCUUAUUUGAUGGCCUUUUUUGUGUUAAUUUUUUCUACAAUUAAAAUCUGGAUAAGACAUAUUUAGUUAGACAUGUCCUGUUUGCUGUAAAUUACAUAAGAACCCUCUCUCUUUAUAUUUACAACCUUUUAAGCUUGCUUUGCCACAUUUCAUCUAUUCAAUCUUUGCUCGCAGAUUUCAACAACCUGGUACUAAAGCCUACAUUAUUCCAUAACGCAACAGCUUAUCAUAUAUGUAUAAGUAAUGUAUAGUUUUCUGUCCGUUGUACAUUGUCUUUUGCCUUUUUAAGUGCUAUGCAAGUAUGUAACUUAUUUAUCUAAUUAUUGAAGAGUAUAAAUUGUAUUUAUUGCAUCAAGGUUAGCUUUUUGCACAUUGCCCUUACAAUUUUUUUUUACAAUUGAAUAACACAAAGUAUUUCUACACAAUCUACUAUACACAUUUGAGUCUGUAUAUUGAUGUCAAGCCAUUGACUGUAUCUACACAUGCACAUACCAUGAAUGUGGCAUUUCAGUUAAGGGGUUCUCCAGGAUGAUAAAAAAAUGGCUGCUUUCUCCCCAAAACAGCACCUCACCUGUCCACAGGUUGUGUGUGGUAUUGCAGCUCAGCUCCAUCGAAGUGAAGUAAUACCAUACACAACCUGUGGACAGGUGUGGUGGUGUUUUUGGAAGAAAGCCGCCAACUUAUUGUAGUCCUGGAGAACCCCUUUAAUUCGGGCUGUAAUAUGCAUUUUUAUUAAUUAACAUGUGGACUAAAAUUGCACAAUUUCAGAGGGCUUUGGUAGUAUUAGCUCAGCUACAUUAACAAAACCUAUCCGUUAGCACAUGUUUUUAGCAUUGAAUUACUGCAAAUAUGUCUAAGAUAUUAUGGAAAAACCUGGAAACAUGCAGAUUAGUUUAUGUAUUCCUGAAUGUAACUGUUUUUCUGUUACACAACAGUAAUUUACUUUCAAUUGCCAAACCAUAUAUGCCCUUUAAGUAGAAGCAGGUGAAGAUACUGCAUUGCACAAUCAAAGCAUCAGAUUAUUUUGGAACACCUUAGCACCUUUGGCUUGACGCCCCGUCACCAGGCUCAUUUAUGAACACGCCUGUGCAUUUGCUAAAUUAUAUAGGUCUAUAUUUAAUCUAUUGGUUUAAUAGUAUGUGUUAUGACAAUUUUAAUGUGUUUCUAGUAGUAAUGUGGGCACUUCAUCAUUAGAGAGAAUUUUCCAUGCUUCCAUGAGAAUAGUUGAGGUUAGUUAAAGGCCAGAAUGAACCUAUAAUCAUGCAUCAUUGGUUGACUCUUUCCAAAGCACCGCUUUGCUAAGCAACAGCAAGUUAAAGAAGGGCAUGAAAGUGAUUGUCCAACUUUUUAGAACCAUCUGAAUCUUAGAGCCACCUGUCUGUGCUGGUUCAUUUCUUAAAGGGGUUCUCUGGGCUUUUAGUAUUGGUGACCUAUCUUUUGGCGGGGUUUGGCGCCCCCUCCGAUCAGCUGUAUGAGGAGAUGUCACACACGGUAUGCACGCGCCAUCUCCCCUCUCUCUUCCUGCUCUCUGCUCCUUUGCCAUAAACAGGACGACAGAAGGGAGACGGCACAUGAGCGUGCCUUCUCUUCAUAGAGCUUAUGGGUGUCAGACCCCCGCUGAACUGAUAUUGAUGACCAAUCCUGAGGGUAGGUCAUCAAUAUUAAAAGCCAGGAGAACCCCUUUAAUAUAUUUUUAUUGCAGUGCAAGGGAUUUGCCGAUCUGUAUUGAAAAAACAAAUAUUCCAGUUGCUAUAAAGUAAAAUAUUACCAUUUUGGCUGCUUGCAACUUGGAAGCAGAAAUACAUAUUAUUUUACUAUUGAGUACAAUAUAUAGACAGUAUGUAGUAAACGCCUAAGCUCUUUUAACAGGCAACUGUAGGAAUAUAUAAUUUUAUAUGUUAUCCAUUUGGCAAUGCAAGAAAUAUUACGGUAUUAAAGGGAUUGUCUAACUUCAACAAAUGGCAUUUAUCAUAUACAGAAAGUUAAUACUAGCCACUUACUAAUGUAUUGUGAUUUGUCCAUAUUGCUUUCUUUGCUGGCUUGAUUCAUUUUUCCAUCACUUUAUACACUGCUCGUUUCCAGGGUUUACGACCACCCUGCAAUCCAGCAGCGGUGGUCAUGCUUGCACUUUAUUAUUGCAAAAGGCGCUGGUCUUUCUGUAGGCUUGGAUCACGGGAGUGCACAUAGGCCGUCACUUGUCCUAUAGUGUUCAAGCAUGGCGACUGCUGUUGGAUUGCAGGGUGGU